GAGCCUACACUUUGAUUCAUCUCAUCAUACAUAGAAAAAGUUUAAAGUAGAGUGAGGCAUUUUUGUCUCUCUCUUUUAGAAAAACAAAGAUAGGUAAAGAGAGAAAGAACAUGUUUUAUUCACAGUUACUUCUUUCAAAGAAAGGGCCUUUAGGCACCAUCUGGAUUGCUGCUCAUUGUCAUAAACGUCUCAAGAAAGAGCAAGUUCAGCAGACCAACAUCGCUUCUUCUGUCGAGAAAAUUCUGCUGGAUGAAGCUCCUGUGGUCACAUACAGAAUUUUAGGUCACCUGCUCCUGGGUGUGGUUAGAAUAUAUUCGAAAAAAGUGGAAUAUCUUUUCAAUGACUGUAAUAAUGUUCUUGUUAACCUUGGUAAUUUUUCAACUCGCAAGAGACCAACUAGUAAACUAUCAGCUGUAAGGAUUGGGGGUAUGCAUGCUCCUGCCCACUUUAUCACCCGACCAAAGAAAUUUGAACUGGAUACUUUUGAUCUGGAAGUCUUGGAGGAUCAAGACGCAAACAGUAGUCAUGUGGCAUCCCGUGAAGAAAUCAUGCUUUCAGAUGCUCAGGAAAAUGAGCAAAUGGUUUUUGGCUUAUCUUGCAAGUACGAGGAAGAUGUCUCUCAUUCGGAGUCAAAGUCCACAAAUCACACUCCAGUUAGAGACAUAUAUUCACCUCACCUGAUGGACAAAGAUUUUGACUUCCGCCCAUCAGUUGGGUCAGGCCAUGUGGAAGCUCUGUGGAACCUUAAUGAGACUAGAUUCUCCUUGGAAGAGCGCUUUGAACCUAUGACCUUUGGUGACAUUGAAAUUCAGAUGAUCUCUGAUAGGAAAGCUGAUCACCAGACUGAUGAUGAGCAGAUGAAAGAGUCUAAUGCUGGGAACUUAGUAAAUGAGGAGCAUCUUUAUGAAAAGAGGUCAUCUUUGGAAGAGCAUGCAGAACCGAUGAUUAUCACAGAAGCUACACCGGAAAUCAACACUGAUCAACAAUCUGAGAAAAAUCAUCAGCCUACUCUUGAGCUCUUCAAACCCCCUGAUGUAGGAGUGAAUGUAGAUGAUGAAGGACCAGCAGGCCUUGGUGAAUCAUCUCUUGUGGAAAAGCAUUGUGGUUUUGAGCAAAAGAAAAAUGUUGAAGCAUCUUCCUCUAGAAAAGGGAAGGAUCGGACUAAAGUUGAUCGAUCAGUGUCCCUCUGUAUUGAUGUAUCCCCAGAGACCAAGAUCUCAGGAUCUACUUCACCGGAUUUCAUAUCUGUUCACACCCCAGCUAAGAAGGAGCGAACUCGUAUUUCAAGGAAGCGGAAGUGCAUAUUUGAUGAGUCUAUUGUGAUCCCAAAUGAGGUAUUCAAGCACUGGAUUGGUGAUGCAAAUGACUUAGUUUGCAAGAGAAGGAAAGCCCCUCAUUCCAGUUAUUUUGCAUGGAAAGUACAUAAAAUUUCCUCACUUCCUCAGAGUUUUGAGGAGCCUCUUAUUCCUUGUAGUCUUUCGAUUGAUAUUAUAUCUGCAAUUAGCAAAAUUAGAUCAGCAAGGCAUGGGCCUGCAGAAACAGUAGAAGUUCCUCUGCGUGAGGACAUGCCAGACUCUCCAUAUAAACUCAGAUCUGGAGAACAAAUACCUAUUGCUCUUGCUGCAUCUCUGCAUGAGUACUUACCUGAAUCUCCUGGUACCCUAAGAUGUGGAGAACAAAUACCUAAUGCUCCUGCGGCAUCUCUGCAUGUGGGUGUACCUGAAUCUCAUAAUACACUCAGAUAUGAUGGAGAACAAACACCUAUUGCUCCUGCAACGCCUGUCACUGGCUCAAGCUCGUUGAGAUUUCAUGAUACGCAAGGAACUUCUAGAUCACACAUAGAACCAGCAAGUUCAACUGAAAGCACAGAGAAAGGAGCACUUUCCAUGGAGGAUGUAGAAUUUGAAAUGAAUUUGAUGGAUGAGGAGAUAAAUUCAUUUGAAGGGGAUACCUCAGAAAAAUGCAAAUUUUCCCUAAGAACAAGAAAGGUUGCAAAAUUUCUACUUGAAAACUUUCUUGCUCGGAAGGGGAAGGAGGAGGUAGAAGUUGUUAACUUGUCCUUGCUUAUGAAGGGGAAAACAAAGAGAGACAGUGCAAGGGUGUUCUACGAGAUACUGGUUCUGAAAUCGGGAGGCUGGAUAGAUGUGCUGCAGGAUGAUGCCUAUAGUGACAUUCUUUUGCAAGAACUCCCAAGACUAAAGCAGACCUUUGAAGCCGACGGCCUUGGCUCAAAGUCUUGAAUCUAUAAUUAUGUUCAAAUAGAGAGCAGUGUUGGUAAAUAGUAGCAUAGGAAACAAUCACAUGACAUAUAUGCCUUAUCUUAGAGUAGUAGUAGAUGAAGCAAACAACAUGCAUAUAUGCUUUUGUGCAUGUUUGGUAUAUAGAGUGGAGGAGGGAGGAGCAGCUAUUCUCUCUGCUAGGAUGAUGUUAAAAAGAGGAAGAAACAGAGAGAGAGAGGUUGUUGUGAAUCAACCAUUGCUCUUCCUCCUUAACAUGAGGGGAAGUUAGGUUAUUGUUAACUAUUAUGUCUACCAACUUUUUUAGUUUAUGAAUGCAAAGUUAUCAGGAAUUAGUUGAA